CCCAGGCUUCACAAAUUAACACACUCCAGUCUUGAUUCCUAACAACUUGGUUUUGGGAUCUGACGUAUCAUACCAUACUCUGAUAAAAUGGAUAAAUUUUUGGAUCGUUUCACUUCCAAAACCCCGGUUUCCGAUAAACUCGAAAGACUCGGAGAAGGGAUCAAAAAAAUAUUUCAUCCCAACUCUCGACACGAUGACCCAGAGGAGAAAAUACACGAUGAAAGACUGGAGGCCAUUCGGGCCCGACAUCGCUUUCAGAGCUUUGCCAAGGAGAGAGAGGGUAAUCAAGUCAAGUGGUACGUCGACGCCCACGAUUACUUCUAUGCAGCCUCUGAGCUGUUGGAAUCAGCUCGAUCUUGCAUCUUCAUCCAGGAUUGGUGGUUGAGUCCGGAGCUUUACUUGCGUCGCCCACCUAGUCAGAAUGAGCUCUGGAGAUUAGAUCGGAUUUUGAAACGCAAAGCCGAGGCCGGUGUUAAGAUUUUUGUUAUUGUCUACAAAGAGGUCAACGUUAGUAAUACGAUGAAUUCUGAGCACACUAAGCACGCGUUGGAGGCGUUACACCCUAAUAUUGCCUGCAUGAGACACCCUGAUCAUUUUGAUGGCGAGGAGACGGUCUUAUUUUGGUCACAUCAUCAAAAAGUUAUAGUGGUGGAUGACAAUAUCGCAUGUAUAGGUGGUCUGGACUUGUGCUUUGGUCGCUGGGAUACCUCUUCGCACUCGUUGGCUGAUUGUCAUAUUUCAGACUUGACCCAGACAGUCUGGCCAGGCCAAGACUAUAAUAACGCACGAGUUCAAGACUUCCAAGAAGUAGAGAAUUGGGCUAGUAAUCAGCAAAGUAGACUCGAGGUCCCAAGGAUGCCUUGGCACGAUGUGCAUAUGAUGAUUCAAGGCCCUACGGUCUUCGAUAUCUGUCAACACUUCGUGGAACGAUGGAACUUUAUUUACAACUUGAAGUAUGUGAAAAAACGUGGUACCAAUGGCCGAUACGAAUUACUCGCUUUUCCUCAGAUCCCUGGUCAGGGCAUGCCCGACGAUCCGUCGCAUCCAGACCAUGAGCCUGCGACCCAACACCCUCAUUAUGAGAAUUGGGCUCAAGCGGGCCGGCGGUUUUUUGGCAUGGAAGAAAACGCCAGGACAAGCACCGAUUUACCAAGAGUCGAUUUAGGCCCCAAGGGUAACAUGAAUGUUCAAGUCGUUAGAAGUUGCGGAGAUUGGAGUAACGGGACGACUACUGAGCAUUCCAUUCAAAAUGCUUAUAUUCAGCUUAUUGAGCAAGCUCAGAGAUUCAUAUACAUUGAAAAUCAAUUCUUUAUCACAACUUGCAAGACUUCCAAAGACAGCCAGAUCCGUAAUACCAUUGGCUUGGCUUUGGCGAACCGCAUCAUCCAAGCCGAUCGCGCCAAUGAGCCCUUCAAAGUGGUCGUGGCGAUCCCAUGUAUCCCUGGGUUCUCGGGCAAUUUAGAUAAUCCAGAAGAAUCUGGCGGGACGAUGGCAAUAAUGGAUUGGACUUACAAGUCGAUUUGUCGCGGUCCAGGUUCUAUUUUUAGUCAUAUUCAAACACAGGGAGUGGAUCCUCGCAAAUACAUUUCGUUCUACAAUCUCCGAAGCUUCGAUCGGAUCGCCUAUGCUCCCGAAACGUUGAAAGAAAUCGAAAAAUCGGCAGGCAUUAGUUAUUACGAAGCUGAAGCGGCGUUGGCCAGGGUUUACCUUGGUGAAUCCGCUAGCUCUCAAGAGUUGGAAAAGAACAAAGAGGUUAAGUUCAAACUUGCACAGAAAGGAGAAAGCAUGGAAGCUGGGACACGUGAUAUGAUGGCACGAGACGGUGAUACAAUCAAGGUCGAGUUACCGAAGAGUGUAGAUGAGGCACGGCAACGUUUGAAGAGUUGGUCGGAGGCUGCCUCUCGCCAUAACAGAGAAGUCCCCGCAUCAAUCGCUACGCAAAACAAUUCGAAUGGAUUAGAGAAUUUACCUUGGUUGGGUUGCGAACAAUCUGAGCGGGAUUCCUUCGUGACUGAAGAGUUGUACAUUCACACUAAAUGUAUGAUUAUCGACGACCAAAAAGUAAUUAUGGGUUCUGCGAACAUCAAUGAUCGAAGCAUGGUGGGCGAUCGGGACAGUGAAAUCGCGUUGGUGGUCGAAGAUCAGGAUAUGAUUGAAAGUACUAUGGCCGGACAGAGCUGGAAAGCAGGCCGUUUUGCGGCCACGUUACGCAGAAGGUUGUACAAGGAGCAUCUUGGUUUGCUCCCACCUCAAUCCAAUUCCCUCCAGCCAAAUGAGCCGACGAGGUCUAUGCUGCCGGUCAAUGUGCCGCAAGAAGAUGAUAUGGGUCGUGGCGAGGAUCAAAUAGUAGCCGACCCGAUGGGACGUGAACUUGAGGAGAUGUGGAACGGAAGAGCAAGUGUCAAUACUCAGGCAUUCAAUAAAGUGUUCCGAUGCGUUCCUGCUGCCGGCAUCUUGAACUGGAAAGAUUACGAGGAAUACGUGCCGAGUGGUCCCAAUGCACCCAAGGUGUGCCAUGUCGCACCAACUGCUGGCGACGUACAUGAAGUCAAGCGCGAAUUGAGUCGAAUUCAAGGUCAUCUUGUUGAAAUGCCGUUAGAUUUCCUGGAGCAAGACAAGAUGUAUCGAGAGGGCAAAGCAGUCAACCUUGUCACCAUGGACAUCUACACUUGAAGACCUGCAAAUGUGAUCCAGUCUACAUUGCGAUUGAUCGCGUUUAUUCUACUAUUUUUAGCCCAGACUGUUGUACUUUAUACGUCCACACAUGUUCCUCAACUGCGGUAUUUCUUCCUCUUUUGGUUUCAAAAAAAAAUGUAUAUAAGAUGUUCUGCGCUUGGUGGCACUCCCUAUUUGGGGCAAGAUUUUAUUUCGUGAACAUAGAUAAUAUUUCCGAUCUCAUCACUUGUUAUGGAUCUGUUGUCGUGCGUCUGUCGACAUAGCCCAAGUCAUCAAAGCUGGCAGGUCAAAUGCGAUCCUCAGAGGUUCAGAUGCUACAUAUAUAAAUACGUGCCAACAAACAAACUUGGGAGCGAUGGGAGGAAAUAAUGAUU